GUGUGGGGAAGCUGAGAGCCAGAGCCACGCUCAGAGGAUCCAUGAGAGCCUCAAACCUAAAACUGAACCCAGCUGUGUGUCCUUUAAGAGUGACUGGUCCAAAGAUCUUCCUCUUAAAUUCAAACGGUCCAGACCUUCAGAAACAGAGAGGUUUGAACUUGGAACUGGACCAGAAACCGAGCCCAACUGUGUCAUGAAAAGCAACACAUCAGAGAUCCAUGAGAGCCUCAAACCUCAAGCUGAACCUAGCUGUGUGUCCUUUAAAAGUGACUGGUCCAAAGAUCUUCCUCUUAAAUUCCAGCCAUCCAGACCUUCAGAAAUAGAGAGGAUCCAUGAGAGCCUCAAACCUAAAACUGAACCCAGCUGUGUGUCCUUUAAGAGUGACUGGUCCAAAGAUCUUCCUCUUAAAUUCAAACCGUCCAGACCUUCAGAAAUAGAGAGAUUGGACUACCAGAGCUCAGAGGUUCCCAUUAGACACUCCACCCAGCAGCAUCAAACACAGCUAGAAUCCAUAUUUAUGGAGCUGAAGAAGAUCCAGAAGGUUCUGAGUCCAUAUUACCCAGAAUGCUCAGAGAGUCAGAGAGAUGAUGAAGUGGUGUUGGAAGGUGAGGAUGAAGAGCAGAGGAGGAGCAGCAGAGAGGCACUGAUGAAGAUCACUCUGAACUUCCUGAGGAGGAUGAAGCAGGAGGAGCUGGCUGACCGUCUGCAGAGCAAACAUCUUGCUGCAGUUUGUCAACAUCAACUUAAAUCUGGUCUAAAGAAGAAGUUCCAGUGUGUAUUUGAGGGGAUCGCUAAAGCAGGAAGUCCAACCCUUCUGAACCAGAUCUACACAGAGCUCUACAUCACAGAGGGAGGGACUGGAGAGGUCAAUAAUGAACAUGAGGUCAGACAGAUUGAAACAGCAUCCAGGAAACCACACAGACCAGAAACAACCAUCAGACAAGAAGACAUCUUUAAAGUCCCACCUGGAAGAGAUCAACCAAUCAGAACAGUGAUGACAAAGGGAGUGGCUGGCAUUGGGAAAACAGUCUUAACCCAGAAGUUCACUCUGGACUGGGCUGAAGACAAAGCCCACCAGAACAUCCACUUCAUAUUUCCAUUCACCUUCAGAGAGCUGAAUGUGCUGAAAGAGAAAAAGUUCAGCUUGGUGGACCUUGUUCAUCACUUCUUUACUGAAACCAAAGAAAUCUGCAGCUUUGAACACUUCCAGGUUCUGUUCAUCUUUGAUGGUCUGGAUGAGAGUCGACUUCCUCUGGACUUCCAGAACCAGAAGAUCCUGACUGAUGCUACAGAGUCCACCUCAGUGGAUGUUCUGCUGACAAACCUCAUCAGGGGGAAACUGCUUCCCUCUGCUCUCCUCUGGAUAACCACACGACCUGCAGCAGCCAAUCAGAUCCCUCCUGAGUGUGUUGGCAUGGUGACAGAGGUCAGAGGGUUCACUGACCCACAGAAGGAGGAGUACUUCAGGAAGAGGUUCAGAGAUGAGGAGCAGGCCAGGAGGAUCAUCUCCCACAUGAAGACAUCAAGAAGCCUCCACAUCAUGUGCCACAUCCCAGUCUUCUGCUGGAUCACUGCUACGGUUCUGGAGGACGUGUUGGAGACCAGACAGAGAGGAGAGCUGCCCAGCACCCUGACUGAGAUGUACAUCCACUUCCUGGUGGUUCAGACCAAAGUGAAGAAGGUCAAGUAUGAUGGAGGAGCUGAAACAGAUCCACACUGGAGUCCAGAGAGCAGGAAGAUGAUUGAGUCUCUGGGAAAACUGGCUUUUGAUCAGCUGCAGAAAGGAAACCUGAUCUUCUAUGAAUCAGACCUGACAGAGUGUGGCAUCGAUAUCAGAGCAGCCUCAGUGUACUCAGGAGUGUUCACACAGAUCUUUAGAGAGGAGAGAGGAGGACUGAUCCAGGACAAGGUGUUCUGCUUCGUCCAUCUGAGUGUUCAGGAGUUUCUGGCUGCUCUUCAUGUUCAUCGGAUCUUCACCAAGUCUGGUGUCAACCUGAUGAAAGAAUCACAAAAAUAUCAGAGGUUUUCAUUUUUUAAACCUAAACUAAUUGAUGGAAAGCAAAAAACUCUCAAGAUAUCCUUAACUUUUAAGAAGAAAUCUAAACAGCAACGUCUUCACCACAAAGCUGUUGAUCAGGCCUUACAGAGUUCAAAUGGACACCUGGACUUGUUCCUCCGGUUCCUCCUGGGACUUUCACUGCAGAACAAUCAGAAUCUUCUACAAGGUCUGCUGACUCCUUUGGGAUGUAGUCUGCCAGCCAGUCAGAAAACAGUUCAGUACAUCAAGGAGCAGAUCAGUGAAAAUGUGUCUGCAGAGAAAAGCAUCAAUCUGUUCCACUGUCUGAAUGAACUGAAUGAUCGUUCUCUGGUGGAGGAGAUCCAACAGUCUCUGAGAUCAGGAAGUCUCUCCACAGAUAAACUGUCUCCUGCUCAGUGGUCAGCUCUGAUCUUCAUCUUGUUGUCAUCAGCAGAAGAUCUGGAUGUGUUUGACCUGAAGAAAUACUCUGCUUCAGAGGAGGUUCUUCUGAGGCUGCUGCCAGUGGUUAAAGCCUCCAACAAAGCUUUUUUGAGUGACUGUAACCUAUCAGUGAGAAGCUGUGAAGCUCUGUCCUCAGUUCUCAGCUCCCAGUCCUCCAGUCUCAGAGAACUGGACCUGAGUAACAACAACCUGCAGGAUUCAGGAGUGAAGCUUCUCUCUGCUGGACUGGAGAGUCCAAACUGCAGACUGGAAACACUCAGACUAAGUAACUGCAACCUGUUGGAGAAAAGCUGUGCGGCUCUUUCAUCCCUUCUUGGAUCCCAGUCCUGCUGUCUCAGAGAGCUGGACCUGAAAAACAACAAUUUGAAGGAUUCAGGAGUGAAGCUUCUAGCCAGGGGACUAAAGAGUCCAUGUUGCAGACUGGAGUCACUGAACUUGUCAGGCUGUCUCAUCACUGAGGUUGGCUUUGCUUCUCUGGCCUCAGCACUCAAAUCAAACCCCCACCACCUUCAACAGCUGGAUCUAAGCUACAAUCAUCCAGGUGACUCAGGAGCUAAGCUGCUUUUGGCUGGACUGAAAGAUCCAGACUGGAGACUUAAAACUCUAAGGUAUGACUGUCAGCAUCACAGAGGAGCAUAUAUAAGGGAUUAAAACAUGCUCUUUGU